GUUUUGUGUUUUUUUUUAUGUGCGAGCUAAACCAAAAUGAUUUGUGUCCAGAAAACUUUAUGCGGCAACUAAUUAUAUUAACAAAUCUAAAAAUGUACGAAUCCUACGUGUCCUGUUCUGCGUGUCACGGUCACAUAGAUGUUGGCCAAUCAACCGAGUUUCAAAACAACCUGUGCAAGUACUGUGCAGACCAAGGAAACCAAGCGGAAGCCAUGAGUGAAGUUCCGGACGACCGGAUGUCACUAGAUCAGGAGAACGCAUUGGAACGAUGGGUUUUCCAGUGCGGAUUAUGCAGUGGGGACUACUUGAACAGAGAAGCACUCUUCAAUCAUUUGCACUAUAUGCACAAUAUCGCUAAUGAACAGAAAGAACGUCACUGCAAAGACGUUUUAGUGUCUUAUGAUUUACGCGAAUGUGCGGUAUGCAAUGAUCGACGGGGCUACAGUGAGGAGCUUUUAAAAAUACACAUUGAAACAAUUCACAAGGGCAUUUGUAUUCUUUGCGCAUAUUGUGGCAAAUCUUUCCGAACGCACAAAGAAAAAUUGGAGCAUAAUUUAAAUCAUUGUGAUACAGAUUGUAGCGCAACCGUUACUCAUGCUGACGCUGAAGUACCGUUUCAGAAUGGAAGCUCAACCAUCGGGAUGCUCGACCAUGCAGGAUCUAUGUAUACACAAAUUUUCAGUAACAUAAGCAUACUUCCCGUUCUAGAGGACUCAACUUGUCGAAACAUGGAUUGUGCUGAAAAAGAUGUCCACGAUGGUCAGCAAAAUUCGGCAGCAGUUGAAGUCAUGACACAAGAUGAAGAGCCAUUUUACCAACAACAUUCUGUCACACAAGCUGAGAACGACACACACAGCAAAGAACCAACGCUAGCCCGCGAUCAGCAAACAGCUCCCCUUGAAUUGACCGGGCACAUGAAGAAGCUCACAUCUGCUGUAGUUGCUUGUAAUCAGUGUAUGGAAAAGUUCCCGAGCGAAAUUGUGCUUCAGUACCAUCGAGAUUUCAAACACGCCUGCGAAAUGGUGCCUUGUGAUAGGUGUAACGCGAUUUUGUCCUCAUAUGUUGAAUUGUAUCGUCAUAAGAAAAAAGAUCACACAAAAUAUUUCGUAUGUACAAAGUGCAAUAAAAUCUUUUACUUGGAUAAAAAGAUAACCAGACAUUGUGAGCUCGUACACGACAAUAAUGAAAGUUGUAUGGUUUUAGUCAACAAGGAGGAUCAAAGCCCAGUCGACAAGGGUACGCCAAAUGAAUCCCCAACAGGCCCCAACAGCAAAUCCAAAAGUCCUCAAUGUAAUGUAAUGAAAAUCUCUGAUGAAAAAAUUCAAACACCGCCAUCUCAGGUUGUCCUCCCGCCGAAACCCACCAUUAAAUGCUCCAUUUGUCCAAAGUUGUUUCACACGGAGGAACAAUUGAAUUUGCAUCAGAAUAAGCAUAACGAACCGAUGAUUUCCUGUGACCAAUGUACGCGUUCUUUCAUCACCGAAGUUGAAUUUCAGGAACAUCGCGAUGCUGAACAUCCCCGCAAGGACCACCUAUGCUUGAGGUGCAAAAUAAUUUCGCCGUCACAUCUCGAAUUAUAUCUGCAUAUGAAAGAUCUACAUCAAUCACGCUUCAAAUGUUCAAAGUGCAUGAUUAUCUUCCACAUCAAAGGUAAUGUUAAGCUUCACAAAAAAUUUGCGCACAAAUAUGCUUCUGUAGACCCAAAGACGAUAGUCUACACGAAGUACGAGUGUUCUUUGUGUCCGGAGACAUUCCGCUUCAAGCACUUACUGUCCCGUCACGAAAUAGCGCAUAGAACUAAACCAAAAUCUCUGCAAUACGAUUCCGAGUCGCCCGAUGAAACGGAUAGUGAGACAUCGAAGUCUGAUGCGGAAGUCUCAUCUGCCGAUAUAGCUGACCAGCUCAGUUGUCAGACAACCGGCCAGGAAAGUGACCCUUUGAAAACCUCGCAAAAAAGAAAAUAUUUAGGGGGAUUACCAUUGUCUAACCUCGAGAAUGCCAUCACAGAGAUUGUGACAGAUGUGAUCAGCUUUGGCAUGGCCAGUGUUCAGUAUGAUAUACCCAAGGCCACGUUGUACGACAACAUUCUCGGUAAGAAGAAGCGGAUGGAACGUUUGCAUGAAAUUCCUCUCAGUCCCAAGGAGGUGGAAGAACUCUUGAAAUUCAGUUGCAAAAAUCCCAAGUACAGCAAAAUCAGACACCUCCGCCAACCCUUGAAUGCUGUAAGGGAUUUCAUGACCCGGUUUCCUGUGUUUCGGGAAAAAGCCGAAGAAUUCAAGUUUGGAGACAUACCAUUCUACCGAUGGUGGUGGGCUUUCUGCCGGACGCAUGGUAUCGAUUUGUGGCGAGAAAAAGCAAGCAGGUAGGUAGGUAGAUGGAAUGACUUUUGUGUAGGCUAAUAUUUAUUUAACUUCUAUUACUUGUCACAUUCGAGUAGGCUAAAUAGGACGGUUAAUGAUUAAAAAAAAUGUAUUUAUUUUUUGUAUGAAUCCAUAUCCAAAUAAAAAUAAAAUUCACAUAAAUA